AUGAUUAGACAAACCACACGUUUAGUUUCAAUUCGCAAUUACUCUUCUAUCAGAGAGACAUGGCAAUCAACUAAAGGUCCCCUAAUAAAAGUUGCACAGAAACUUAAUAAGAAAACUGGUGAGUAUUUAGCAGAAGGGAUAGAGAUUGCUCAACAUCCAACAAAAUUAAAUGCUCGAGGUAAGGCUGAAAGGAAAAGAGUUCUUGAAAAUUACAGAAAUUACGACUCAUUGCAGAAUAAAGGAUCAAAAGUUGAGAGUGAACAAUGUCGCGCAGAUGAUGGACUAUAG